AUGAUGAGCUGGAAGACAUUUGUACCGCCACAAUUACGCAAUUCGAGCAUUAAAUUGGAGGAUAAAAUUGCAUGGAUUAAGACGGCACUUUGGCAUCCAAAUAAUUCAACAUUAUUUAUACCGAAUAAGUUUCAAGUUGUUUGUGAUUGGGUGGUAGAUCAGCUGAUAACUAUUAGCAGAAGAUCACAAGACAGAGGGGCCGCAACGCAAAUGCUAUGGGAGUUGUUUGAUAGCAUCUUGCCAACAAUGUCUAAUCAUGGUACAGUUAAAGCUCUGAUUCUCCAGGCAUUAGCUGAAAGAAUGUUGCAGGUUAUCAAAGCUGAUAACCAUCAGAACACCGGUUUUCAAGAUGAAAUAAAAAUACUUUUAUCUUGCUGUGGGAGCCUUUUCAAUAAACAAGCCAAUUUGAACAUUGAUAUUGCAAAUUUGAAUAUCGAAGGACUUGCGACCUUUCUUGCUUCCUUUAUUGCUCUGUGGAUUGUAUCAACCAAGAAUGAAAACUCGUUCAGCGAGACGAUACUCAAUUUAUUACUGUGCAUUAUUCAAUACACUAACCGUAUGCUUAGUCAGCAAUCGAAUCAAAAAAAGGUCUUUGUAGUAUAUUGCGAAUUGCUACUGGCAAACAAUAUUGUCCUUCGAUAUAGCCUUCGGCAAUUACUUACAUCUCAGAUGCCAUAUAAUACAAAAUUGCUAGAAAAUGUACUCAAUGCAGUAGAAAGACUUCUGGCUGGGAUAUUAUUUCAUAGAGAGAUGAAGAAAAUUGUUACUUCAGCGGAAUUCAACUUCUACGUAGAGUUGGUAAAGUUAAUUCAACUAGAGAAAAUGUUUGAUCAAAAUCAAACUAUACGUCAAAAUACUGCAUCUGCAUUUAAUGCUUUAACUGAUAUCGUCAUAAAGUUUGAUAUCUAUCAGCCCUCUGUUGAUAGCGUAGCUGGUAAUACUCAGCUUACAUGGAUGAAAAAUAGAUGUGAAGAUUUAGUAGGAAGGUCUCUAUUUUAUGAUGAUAGUCACUGA